CUCCGGCCCCAUGGAGGAAGUGAGAAAGUUGGCACGGUCACCCAGGGCUUCGCAGGACCCGGUCACUCAGUGACAGAUGGACAAUGCAAGAAUGAGCUCCUUCCUGGAAUACCCCAUCCUCAGCGGUGGCGACUCGGGGACCUGCUCAGCGCGAGCCUACCCCUCCGACCAUGGAAUUACAACUUUCCAGUCGUGCGCGGUCAGUGCCAACAGCUGUGGCGGCGACGACCGCUUCCUAGUGGGCAGGGGGGUGCAGAUCAGCCCGCCCCACCACCACCACCAUCACCACCCCCAGCCGGCCACCUACCAGACUGCUGGGAACCUGGGGGUAUCCUACUCCCACUCGAGUUGUGGUCCAAGCUACGGCGCGCAGAACUUCGGCGCGCCUUACAGCCCCUACGCGUUAAAUCAGGAAGCAGAAGUAAGUGGUGGGUACCCCUCGUGCGCUCCCGCUGUUUACUCUGGAAAUCUCUCAUCUCCCAUGGUCCAGCAUCACCACCACCACCAGGGUUAUGCCGGGGGCGCGGUGGGCUCGCCUCAGUACAUUCACCACUCAUAUGGACAAGAGCACCAGAGCCUGGCCCUGGCCACGUAUAAUAACUCCUUGUCCCCUCUCCACGCCAGCCACCAAGAAGCCUGUCGCUCCCCUGCAUCAGAGACAUCUUCUCCAGCACAGACCUUUGACUGGAUGAAAGUCAAAAGAAACCCUCCCAAAACAGGGAAAGUCGGAGAGUAUGGCUACGUGGGUCAACCCAAUGCAGUGCGUACCAACUUCACUACUAAACAGCUCACGGAGCUGGAGAAGGAGUUUCACUUCAACAAGUACUUGACGCGUGCCCGCAGGGUGGAGAUUGCCGCAUCCCUGCAGCUCAAUGAGACCCAGGUGAAGAUCUGGUUCCAGAACCGCCGAAUGAAGCAGAAGAAACGAGAGAAGGAGGGCCUCUUGCCCAUCUCUCCAGCCACUCCGACGGGAAGCGAGGAGAAGGCCGAGGAAUCCUCAGAGAAGUCCAGCUCCUCACCCUGCGUUCCUUCCCCGGGGUCUUCUACCUCAGACACUCUACCUACCUCCCACUGAGGCCGCCCCGGCCCCACUCUGCAGCCCAGGCUACUCCUCCGGCUGGGACUUCUUACCCAAAGCACAUUCUUAGCUUAUCUUCCUCUCCAUUUACAAUCUUUCUCUUCCUUUCUGAUCCUAUCUGGGGAACUCCUGGCCAGGAUAAUGGGUUUCCAGAGAAUUCUGGAUUAGAAACUUGAUGAGGGGGGAGGGGGGUGUUAGCUCCGUAGCGCAGAUUGAGGGCCAGCAUCAACUUUCCAAUGGCACCUAACAUCCCUACUUUUAGGAGAUUUCGACAGAACCUACUGUUCCUUUCAGAUGCCCUUUGGAAAAUAGUUUCCUCUGCCAGCCGAAACAUGUCAGAGCGAGGCCUCUCAUCUUUUAUCUAUCUGUAUAUUUACAGUUCUCCCCUACUUUGCCCUUAAAGUAGGCUAGAGAGAGAGAGAAGAGGGUCCAGGAGCUCAUGAAGAACAGAUACACUAUGAGAGUGUUUACACAAUUAAUUCAUCCCUUAAUUUAAUUCAAUUUUAUGUGUGUGAGUUUGCUGGUUGUAAAUGCUUUGUCCUGAAAGAUUUAUCUUUAUACAGAUUUUCUAGAAAUGUUUUGAUUAAGUGACUAAAACACAGUGGGCAAACUCUCAAAGCUGGUACAACUUUAUAUGUGAUUAUAGGUUAAAGAAUUAAAAGCUCUCAUUUAAAAUCAAUCAGAUGCCUCAGAUGGUAGCCUCAAUUUGUUCUUUCAGUGAGUUAAGAAGGCCUGCAGAAUACAAGGGUCAGAAACCUUGCUUCCUGUGCUAAGUCUCUCCCCAUCCCCACUCCUUUCUUGUUUCUCUGGCCACACUCUAUUUAAAAUUUGUGCUGGAUUAUUCAGCAUCUAAAUGUAUUAUUCAAACCAGCUUCUUCCUUCCACAGUUAUCUUAGCUGGAUAUGAUAUAUUUUCGGCCCAAUUGUUAAUGUGAUGGAUGGCACAAUGAAUGUAUAUUUUGUGUGAUUCGUGAACAGUCUUUUGCAUGUCGCACAAUGUUUUGAUGUCCCUGAAGUACCACACUGAGUUCUAUCAGUUAUCCUUUGUGAUAGUCCCCAUUUCCUGUACAAUCAUGAACAGCUCAGAGAUCCCGGAGUGAUGUGAUCCAGAGCAGAAUUUACGGGUCUUAAGAUGUCUGUAAUAAAUAUAUUCAGGUUUCAGAUA